AUGGCCAGUCGCAAAACUGAAUUCCCCAGGGCGGUACCGUCGGGAGACGGAGAAUCCGCCACCACCGCACCGGUUCAGCCGGGGGUGGUCAGCCCCGUGUAUCUGGGGGGGGCAACGGAAGGCCUGAGGGGAGUAGGAGAAGAUGUUGUUGUGAGAGGAGAGAUAGUGAAGGAGGUGGGACUGGAGACCAAAGUGGUCCCGGUAAGAGCUCGCCGGAGUAUGGAGAUCGAUCCGGCUAUGGACGAUGAAUUGUCCAUGCUUGCCCGCGAGAUCGACAGCUCACUUUCGCGGUCGACUUCGUGUGCAAGUAUGUUAUUCAGUGAGGAUGAGGACUUUUUGGAGCGUCCUCGCUCCAGGCGCAAAAGGCGCCAUUCGAGAAGUGAUGAGGAGUCGUCAGUUGUCGAAAGCGACUCACAAACCUCGGCUAAGAGGAAGGGAAAGGCUGGGAAGGCAAAAGCCCCCAGCAGCGCAGAGCAGUUCCGUGUCGCUCUGUACGAAGGAGGAAACACCGUUCCGCCCAAGGCUAUUUCACCUAAGGCCACGGGCCGAUAUGCAGGACUGUCGCAGGCGAGGGCCGACCUUGCCGAAUAUGUCGAUAGAGAAAUGGAGAAAGAGGCCGCAGAGGCCGUUGCCGGCACUUCGAAACCAGUGACUCGCCAUUACAACAUAUUCCCCGUGGAGGAAAUUAAGCGAGCAGACGUCGUCGGAGCCGAAAUGGAUGAAUGUGCCAGAAACGUUUUGGAGGCCGUCAAAAAAUCUGGCCACUUGAAGGGUACGAUUAUAAAGACGAUCAAAGAGAAUAUAACGACCAUCCGCAGAAACACGGAGUGGUUCGUUGACCGGACGAACACGGCCGAAUGCGCUGAUCUGCGCAAAGACAACGCCCAGUUGGAGGCUGAAUUGAAGGAGCGGCAAAUUAUGUUGACCGGCAUCCGCGAGGAGUCGGUCAGAAGCGCCGUCGAGAUGAGGGCCCUUCGCAAGGCAGUCGCUAACGCCCCAAACGCGAAAGAGGUGCUCGAGCUUAGAGCCGAGAGGGAAAACCUUGAGCGUCAGGUUCAGUCAUAUGUCGACGAGACCAUAGACCUGAAGAGGAGAUUGCUGGAGCAGAGCGUUGAGCUCCGCAAGCUUAAAAACCAGCUACAAGAGCUGCAAGCCUCGUCAGUGCCGCAGCGUGCGCCUGGUGAGGCUACCAAGGACAAGACAUGUGCUGCACCGGCCCCUAUACAGCCGGUCGCGGCUUCUCCAGAUGAGAGCCUGGAGGCGAGAAUUGUACGGCAGAUCGGAGACAUGUUUAAUGUCCGACUUGCCGCAAUUGAGGAACGGCUCGCACAACCCGGCAAGAGGAAGCCGGCACGCAAUGCGAAAGCCGCAAGGAGUGCCUCGCAAUCCGCUCCGCGAGCACCGAAGGCACCAACCCAGAGUAGGGACCGGGCAACUCAACCGGUUCCAGCUGGCGAUCCGGGCACGAGUCGCGCCCCGCCGCCGUCCGCUAGUACAACAACGGAGCAGUGGACGACGGUCGUUCGGCGCGGCAAGCGUCGGAAGAAGACCCCAGCGAAGGAGGCCCCCGCCAGUCAGGCGGCACAAGGGAAGACGGCGCCUGCCACGGCACCGGCGCCGAAGCCAAAGAAGAAGAGGAAGAGAAGAUUCCGUCUUCCGCGCUCGCAGGCAGUCGUUAUCACUCUGCAGCCCGGCGCGGAAGAAAAGGGUAUAACCUAUGCGACAGUGUUCCGAGAGGCCCACAGCAAGCUCUCACCGACCGAACUCGGAAUCACCGAUGCCAGGUUCAGAUUAGGCGCCACAGGGUCGCGUAUACUGGAGGUGCCAGGCGCCGAUUCAGGCGUCAAAGCAGACCUGCUGGCCAAUAAGCUGGCAGAGAUCCUGCCGGAGGGGCCGUCAAGAUUUCCAGGCCGAUCAAGUGGUUGCGACGAGGCCCUCAUCAAGACGGGGGAGAUCCGUCGCGCUCCCUCGGGAGUCGGCUCCAUAUGGGUUCGCUGCCCAGUAAGUGCUGCCAAGGCCCUGUCCAAAGCCGGCCGGGUAAAAGUGGGCUGGGUAAUGGCUCGGGUUCAGACAUUAGAACCGAGGCCCAUGCGGUGCUACCGCUGCUUGCUCUCUGGGCACGUAGCGCAGUGGUGCACCGCCAGUGUGGACACCAGCGGGGGCGUGUUGUGCUUCCGCUGCGGAAAAGCGGGCCAUAAAUCCGCUCAGU